CAUUCUCACACGCAUCCCAGAAAGGCCGUUUCUUUAGUUUUCUCCCGUGAAUAGCGCCUGCGCGGCUUCUUCUUUCUUUGCAUACCACCUUCUAUAAAUUUUUUAUUCCAUAUAUAUAAGAUAAAGAAAAACAAGACGUUGAAGAACACGACACCACCGCCACCUCUCUCCGCCUUCGUCUCCACCUAUCCACAACCCUCUUCCUGUAAAUUAAUCUCAUUCAUAAACGCCAUAUACGAAGAAAAAUCUCUCUCUCUCUCUCUCUCUCCUUUUUUGUUGGCGGUGAUUGAAAUUUCAUGUUCGUUACAGAGAAUGGAUUGUGGCAAGCAAAACCACGGCAGUGCGAUCAUGGGUAAGGUAACCAGGCUCUCAUGGUCGCCGCUUCUUCUUUUGAUCACCCUUAUAUUGAUUUUAUCGUUCCAAAUCACUACCAGAACCAUUUACCCGAUACGACUUAUGUCGGGAUUGUCGGAACCCGAAGUUUCUGAGGUUGUUGGGAGCUGUGUUGGCUUCCUCCGAGAAUUCCCCAGAAGAGAAGUUAUUAUGUCCAUCAAGGAUUUUGGCGGGGUUGGUGAUGGGAAAACGUCAAAUACUGACACGUUUCGAAGAGCGAUACUGUACAUGCAGCGUUUCGGAGAUAAAGGUGGGUCCCAGUUGAAUGUCCCCAAGGGGAGGUGGCUUACUGGAAGCUUUAACCUCACCAGUAAUUUCACCUUGUUUCUUGAAGAGGGUGCCGUUAUUCUGGGCUCUCAGGACCCAAAGGAAUGGCCUAUUAUAGAGCCUUUACCUUCUUAUGGAAGAGGGAGAGAGAGAUUAGGAGGAAGACAUAUUAGUCUUAUUCAUGGAAAUGGACUUUCCAAUGUUGUGAUUACAGGGGAUAAUGGGACAAUUGAUGGUCAGGGGAAGAUGUGGUGGGAAUUAUGGUGGAACAGAACAUUGGUGCACACAAGAGGACACCUUGUAGAACUAAUGAACUCUCAUAAUAUCCUCAUCUCCAAUCUCACCUUCCGAAAUUCUCCUUUUUGGACUAUUCAUCCUGUUUACUGCAGCAACGUUGUGGUUAAAGACAUGACAAUUUUGGCUCCCCUGAAUGCCCCAAAUACUGAUGGUAUAGACCCAGGUGUGCUGCUUGUCUUUCUCUGUCAUAUUUUAACCCGCACCAAAAGGCUGGAAAGGUUUUUAAUCGGUGUUUGCAUAUUUCCUGUUGCAGACUCAAGCACCAACGUUUGUAUUGAGGACUGUUACAUUGAGAGUGGGGAUGAUCUUGUAGCAGUGAAGAGUGGAUGGGAUCAAUAUGGUAUCAAAAUGGCCCAUCCAAGUUCAAACAUUUUAGUGAAGAGAGUUGCAGGCACAACACCAACUUGCUCCGGAGUUGGAAUAGGUAGUGAGAUGUCUGGAGGGAUCUUUAAUGUAACAAUCGAAGAUUUGCAUGUCUGGGAUUCAGCAGCUGGGGUGAGAAUAAAAACUGACAAAGGCAGAGGAGGAUACAUAUCAAAUAUUACUAUCAGUAAUAUAACAAUGGAGAGAGUCAAGAUUCCUAUUAGGUUCAGUAGGGGCUCCAAUGAUCACCCUGAUGAAGGAUGGGAUCGAAAUGCAAUUCCAGUUGUGAAAGGUGUUUCUAUAAGUAAUAUCGUGAGUUUGAAUUCAACAAAAGCCCCAGUUUUGCAGGGAAUCAAGGAUGCACCGUUUGGUGGGAUAUGCAUGAAGAAUGUUACACUGAUUGGUUUGGCAUCAGCAUCAUGGCAUUGUGAAUUUAUCUCAGGAUUUGCCAAAGAUGUAUUCCCAAUGCCAUGUCCGCAGCUGCAGAAUAAUGCCUCUACAUCCUGGUGUUCAUACUCUUGAGCUUCACUGGUCAAGUGUGUUGAUUUUGGAAUUUUGGUUGAACUUGGGGGUUUUACUCCAAUUUAUUUGGCAGACAGUCUGCAACUCUGCAAAGCUUAAUCAGAGUUGAAGAAUCAUGUCACAGGUGGAAAUCAAGGAUCACAAUAAGGAUCUGCAUUGAGCAGUUUGUGAGUUGAAUGAUUCUUUUCUUCGGCAUGAUUUGAGCUGCUGUGUCAAGGACCUCUCAGAAUGCUACCGGUACAAGUACCAAAACAAAUUGAAGGAUAGCUAGCGGACUUGAGCAGUUGUAAGUCCCUGAAUGAUUUACAGAUUUGCUUGGAGGAUUCAUUCAUGCAAUACUUAGGCUUUUUAAAAUAUGAUAUUAGGCACUGAUUGGCUGCACAUAGAAGUACCAGGAUAUACAAAUGUAACUUCAUUUUUUGUUUUUGAAAAUGCAUUAUUUUGUUCUGUGAUUUUGGUCCUAAUAAUCUCCUCCUCACAUCUCUUCCUUGGCCUUGUUUUGCAGCCACAGAAGGCUGAUGCAAUACUGUAUUGUGAACUAUUGUCACUCAUUAAUCUGAAUGAACUAAGUUUCUUGGCAA